UGUGCACACACAUAGGUACGUACAGCAACAGAGACUGGCCUAUGCACCCACAUAUACGUGGAGAUUGGUGGCAAGUGAGAGCCUGAGGUCUAGAAAAUCCACUGAUUCUGUGGCUUUCUUACUGGGUGUCUCAAUAUGAGACACGUGAGGAGGUACCCAAAACUGGGCUGCUUGUGGUGGCCUAGAGGGUUAUGUGCAGAAACUGUGGCUCUACUCUGUGUGUCCCCACCGCUGCGGGUGCCUGCACCCAGUUGGGACAGGACAGCUGAGUCCGAGUUGAGGAAUCGUUGGAGCUGUGAUGUCUGUACAGGUGGCAGCCCCUGGAAGUGUGGGGCUGGGCCCAGAGCGCCUGAGCCCCGAGGAGCUGGUGCGGCAGACACGACAAGUGGUGCAGGGGUUGGAGGCCCUGCGGGCCGAGCACCAUGGCCUGGCCAGACACCUGGCUGAGGCCCUGGCAGGACAGGGCAUGGUGGCCGGCUUGGAGCUCCUGGAAGAAAAGCAGCAGGUGGUGAGCCACGCACUGGAAGCCAUCGAGCUUGGACUGGGUGAGGCCCAGGUGCUGCUGGCCCUGUCAGCGCAUGUGGGCUCGCUGGAGGCGGAGAAGCAGCGGCUGCGAGCCCAGGCCCGGAGGCUGGCCCAGGAGAACGCGUGGCUGCGGGAGGAGCUGGAGGAGACGCAGCGGCGGCUCCGGGCCAGCGAGGAGGCCGUGGCGCAGCUUGAGGAGGAGAAGAACCACCUCGAGUUCCUGGGGCAGCUGCGACAGUAUGACCCGCCGGCAGAGAGCCAGCAGCCUGAAUCCCCUCCUCGGCGAGACAGCCUGGCCUCCCUGUUCCCCAGUGAGGAGGAAGAGAGGAAAGCAGGCUCCGAGGCAGUGGGGGCCGCAGUGGCUCAGCAGGGCGGCUACGAGAUCCCUGCGCGGCUUCGGACCCUGCACAACCUCGUGAUCCAGUACGCGGGCCAGGGCCGCUACGAGGUUGCAGUGCCGCUGUGCCGCCAGGCCUUGGAGGACCUGGAGCGGAGCUCGGGCCACUGCCACCCUGACGUGGCCACCAUGCUCAACAUCCUGGCGCUGGUGUACCGGGACCAGAACAAGUACAAGGAGGCCACAGACCUUCUCCACGAUGCCCUGCAGAUCCGGGAGCAGACGCUGGGCCCUGAGCACCCUGCAGUGGCCGCUACCCUCAACAACCUGGCGGUGCUCUAUGGGAAGCGGGGGCGUUACCGGGAGGCUGAGCCCCUGUGCCAGCGCGCCCUGGAGAUCCGGGAGAAGGUCCUGGGGAGCGACCACCCGGACGUAGCCAAGCAGCUCAACAACCUGGCCUUGCUGUGCCAGAACCAGGGCAAGUUCGAGGAGGUGGAGCAGCACUACGCCCGUGCCCUGAGCAUCUACGAGGCCCUGGGUGGGCCCAACGACCCAAACGUGGCCAAGACCAAAAACAACCUGGCCUCGGCCUACCUGAAACAGAACAAGUACCAGCAAGCAGAAGAGCUGUACCGAGAGAUCCUGAGCCGCGAGGACCUGCCUGCCCCUCUGGGAGCUCCCAAUGCAGGCACAGCUGGUGACACUGAACAGACCCUUCGUCGGAGCAGCUCCUUCUCCAAGAUCCGUGAGUCUCUAAGGCGUGGAAGCGAGAAGCUGGUCUCCCGUCUCCGAGGCGAGGGGAUGGCAGGGGCAGCCGGGAUGAAGAGAGCCUUGUCGCUCAAUGUGCUGAAUGUGGAUGGUCCAAAGGCUGCUGGGACCCAGGUCCCCCAUCAGCACCUGAGCAAGACCACGCGCACCCUCAGCACCAGCACCCAGGACCUGGGCCCCCGCUGAAGGGGACAGGACGACAUGGCUCUAGCUUCUCAGGAAGAGUGGGGAAGGGGGGAGGGGCAGCCUUUCAUCUCCCUGAGUUUCUCCCCACCUCUUAGGGGCUCCCCCUA